AUGAACGAGCGAGAGGCAGACUCGGACACGACGCCGCCACGUAAGCGCAUUGCUGUUGCUUGCACGCGGUGCAGGAAGCGAAAGAUCCGAUGCAGCGGCGAUCCGGGCGACGGCUUACCAUGUCACAAUUGCAAAAAUGCCGGUGCCGAGCCGUGUCAAUUUUUGAGGGUUGCCUCACAAGAGACGACAAUCAUCCAGACCGAUCGAGGGUUCGCGUAUGAUAUAGAUACGGCCAGGGCCUACCAAGUUCGAGGGAUCAUUCCGUCAGCCUUCCCGGCACAGUACCCUCCCGAUUUGCAGGAUGGUCUCAGCCGGUUUCCUUCGCCGUCAGCCAGCUACAACUCUACGGCGCGAUACCAGGGCAUUCCAAGCUGGACGUCGGCAUACUGUGAUGAAACUGCCGACUUCUCGAACAUGGGCUACCACCCCUCUUACUACAGCCAGGACCCAGCGUACCUGUACAGGAUGGCCUCGGUCACAGAACGAACCGAGCCAAGCAGCUUGUUAUACGGAGAUGUCGGCGCCAACUACAAUUACGGGCAGCGUCCUGUAGCCAGCGGCGACUCGCCCAACUUUUCCCUCAGCAGUGUGGCGGCAUCGUUGCCGAGUUCGAACGACAGUAGGUUACUUCCCACGCCGGUCAACAGAACCCUGGCCAGCUCUGGUGCGUCGAUCUACCGCGCGGAUGAGACAUCACCUUACAGCUAUAAGGCGCAGAACGGGACGGCAACGCUUUCUUCUCCUGUCGUCAGUCUUUCUGAGGACUCGGGGGGUUACCUCAGCUGCGAGAGCUCGCCAGCGCCAGCAUAUCAGGCCUCAUCCGGGCCCCCCUCGGCCAGCGGCAGCGCCAGCAGCACAAGCAGCGCCAGCAAUCGCAUGUCCAUGUCCAUGUGCUGCGGUACGGACGGCUACUCAACCUCCUUCGUCCAUCUUUCUUCAAAUUCGGAGCUGCGGGCCCCCAGGUUCUGGAAAGGAUUCCCCUCUAUUAAUUAG